UCGUUGAAGAAUAACCUCCUAAUAAACAAUUCACCAACUGUUGCAGUCAGUUCUCACUUCUCACUUUCUCAGUUCAAUUUUGCUUGUUCUUUUGACAUUGUGCAUAUUUAACAUUACAGUGAUUGUUCAGUUUUAUUGAAUUUUUCGCCUAGGUCACGGCGACUCGAUUUUAAAACGAAAUGCGUAUAAACCGACAAAAGAAAGUGAAUAAAUACAUAAAUUUCUACAUAAACAAUUUCGGUUUCAGAAAACCAUUCCAGGUUUUAGUCGAUGGCACGUUUUGCCAUGUAGCUCUCAAAAGCAAAGUGAAUAUAAAAGAACAGCUUCCUAAAUACCUUGGUGAUGUCAAGCUUUUGACAACCCCAUGUUGUGUAGUGGAAACUGAGAAACUGGGUCCAACUGUAUACGGAGCCAUGUUAAUUCUUAAACAAUUCUCCGUGCAUUUAUGUGGACACAAAACACCGAUGUCAGCCUCAAAAUGCUUACUGAGCAUGUUGGGCAAAGAGAAUCCAAACAGGUAUAUGAUAGCGACUCAAGACAGAGAACUGCAGGCUAAGGUUAAAAGAGUAAAAGCAGCCCCUAUUUUAUUUAUUUUUAAUAAAGCACCAACUUUAGAAGAACCAUCACCUUACACACAAUUUUUAGCUAAACGGCAGAUGAAUGAAAUUUGUGGACUUUCCGAAGAUGAGAGGAAAGUAUUGAAUGAAUUUAAAGAAGCGGUUCUUGGACCGCAGACACCAGUUUUUAAGAAGAGAAGAAAAAAAAAGGGUGGGCCAAAUCCAUUGUCAUGUAAGAAAAAGAAGAAGCCACUACCACAACCAAAAACAAACCAAAAAAACAAAGAGGAAUAAACAAUUCUCUCGUUGUUAAUAGAAAAGCUUUUUUUUUCUUU